CGGCAUGUGGACCAGUGGGCUGGCAUGGCAGCGUCGCCCUCGCAACAUCGCGAAGGUUUGACGCGCUACAACUUAAAUCGAAUAAUUACCUUUAUCCAAACGCACAUAAGACGUUGUAGACCUACGAGGCUAAGCUUUCGCUGGUCACAGGCUCGCGCUAGACGAAAUGAUACCCCCGCUGUCGUCUCUCGUCCGCUAUGACAAUCCUGUCCUAGUUAGCACAAGCAAGGAUAAGGGAAAGGGCGCCAAAGGCACGCCGGGCAAGAAGGGAGCACUACCGCCUGUGGAGCAGAAGCCAGGGCUAACGCAAACCGAGGACAUUCUAAACUCUAUUCUGCCCCCAAGGGAAUGGACUGAGGAUGGCCAGCUGUGGGUCCAGUACGUGUCCAGCACUCCGGCAACCCGCCUGGAUGUUAUCAACCUGCAAGAGAAACUCGACCAGCAGCUCCAGCAGCGCCAGGCGCGUGAGACGGGCAUCUGCCCCAUCCGCGAGGAGCUCUACGCGCAGACGUUUGAUGAGCUCAUCCGCCAGGUGACCAUCAACUGCGCUGAGCGCGGUCUGCUGCUACUGCGUGUACGCGACGAGAUGCGCAUGACCAUUGCCGCGUACCAGACCCUGUACGAGAGCGCAGUGGCGUUCGGCAUUCGGAAAGCACUGCAGACGGAGCAGGGAAAGAGCGAGAUGGAGUCGCGGAUCACGCAGUUGGAGGGGGAUGUCAAGGACCUGGAGCGGCAGCUGGGGUUGUGACAAAACGCACGCCCCGC